UUCACUUCAGAUCCGAUCAGAGCUGCUGCUGCCCCUCAGUGUUUCUGUGUCCGUGUGCAGGAAAAACUUUGACUCGAAAAAUGACUCUGACCCGCUCCAAGAGACUGGCUGUUCAGCCUCCUCCGUCCACCAGGAUGAGUCUGAGGAGCUUCCGCAGCGUCCCGCUGGUUCCCAUGGAGUCCUCCUCCUCUUGCUCCGAUGACAGCUGCGAUAGCUUCGGCUCAGAUGGAGGCUUUGCAAAUACGAGAAACAGCUUGAGACCGACGAGGAGGACGGCACAGAAACCAGAUGUGGAAACGUCCGAGGAGGAGAUUUGCAGUGCGUUUCAGGAGACUGGCAUCAGCAGGCGCAUGAAAUCCAUGAAUGUGGACUCUGAAGCUCCGAGACGAGGCCGCAGGUCCAACGUGCUGAAGGUUGCCAUGACCUUUCCCACCAAGAAGGCACAGGGAAAGAAGCGGCCUAUGUCCGAACCGCUCCCCCAACCCAAAGUACAGGACUCCGACUCCGAGGAGGAGACGGACUUCAUGGACAAGAGAGCCCUGAAUAUAAAGGAGAACAAGGAAAUGCUCGCAAAGCUCAUGGCCGAGCUGAACAAAGUGCCCGGACUCUUCCCGCCACGAACGCCAUCGUCUGCUUCCUCCACGCCCAGACAGGCGGCCCGGCGACCGACCCCGAGAGCUCUGAGGAGAAACCCGGAGCGUCUGUCUCGACCCCACACGCGGUCCCGCACGGCGGUGGGCGGACCCCCCAGCCCGACCUCCGAGGAGGAGACCGACGACAAGUUCAGCCUGGUUCGCAAAAGUCGCUACUUCGAGGAAUACGACGAGCCGCCCCGUCGCCGUGUCUGCAACGGCAUGAAGGCCAUUCCCCACGUGGUGCGGCCGGUGGAGGACGUCACGGAGAUGGAGCUGCAGGGGAUCUGCUUCAAUGUGCGGGAGAAAGUCUACAACAGCUCCACUGGCUCCACCUGCCACCAGUGCCGCCAGAAAACCACAGACACCAAAACGAAUUGCCGUAAUCCAGAGUGCCAGGGCGUGAGGGGCCAGUUCUGCGGCCCCUGUCUCCGUAACCGCUACGGAGAGGAGGUCCGAGACGCCCUGCUGGAUCCGGAGUGGCUGUGCCCGCCGUGCAGGGGGAUCUGUAACUGCAGCUUCUGUCGAGCCCGAGAAGGCCGCUGUGCCACAGGAGUGCUGGUCUACCUGGCGAAAUACCACGGCCACGAUAACGUGCACGCUUAUCUGAAGAGCUUGAGGAAGGAGCUGGAGGAGAGCAGCGAGUGAAGCUCAGGGGAGGAAAACUGCUGCUGGACCAAACUGACACCGCCUGUGACCACUUUGACAAACACUCUAUUGUUCGUUUUUUCCAUAGCUUAACAUCACUUACUGGUUAUGUUGAGAGCUAAAACUUCCAUAGACUGUAUAUAAAGAUGGACGUCAUGACUGAACUAAAAGAUGGUUUCUGUAAUUUCAGCCAUCAUCACUAAGAUGAAUGAACUGAUGUUAAUUUUUGCCGAGAUUAUUUCCAUUUUUGAUAACUGACUUGAGUAAAACGUCAUGAUUGACAGAUGAAACCAACUCAUGUCGGGUUGAGCACAUGUGUUGACAGGAGCUCGCUGUGGUGGCGCUCAGUAACAGGGUUAUCUGGCCCUAGAUAGAGGGUAAGGUACCUUAUCCCUAGCAUAGAGGGAGGAAGUGACAGUUGUGUCGUGCAACUUUAUGUACAGUCUUCUCUAGCUCUAUUUCUAAGGGUUUUCGUUUUUAACUGACAUCUGAAGGAGGCGUUCCCCGUUCUCUCCAUUUCAAACCUUCCCCAUAUUGUCCUCUGUUGUCAGAAGCUGCUCUCUUACUUUGAAGCUGCUUUCAGACAUGCACCGGGCUCCUCUGUGUUGUCAGCGGAGGAGGUGCAUGUGCGAACGCAGACGUCUGAGUGAGAGGCUCGCCCGUUGCGACUUGCUCCGCCUCGCCCCCGAAGCAGGAACAUUUCUUAACCCCAAAUUGUUGACUGGGGUCGUACAUGUCUGAAGAUGACUUCCGUGCUCUGUGAUGUACAUAUCCCCUUUCCCCUGAACACGUCGGGGGAGGAAAACAUACAAUUUAAUACCCCGAAUCGUCCAACU